CUGGGCUGGAGGAGGAUGCGGGCCGGGAAAGGCCGGACGCAGCAGCGUGGCGGGACGCUGGGCCUGGGGAGCGGACCUGUCCACCUGUGCGGACGGGUGCUCCGGCCCCUCCACCCACACGUCCAUUGGGCGGUGCCGCCAUCACUCUCCCCUCAGCAACACCGCCUUCUCCGCGGCUAAGCCUGGAUCCCCUCCCCCGCCACUCUCGCCCCGCUCCGUCCUGGGAGCCUUUCAUUGGACGGAGGCGCGGUCGAUCCGCCUCGAGUGAGGGAGACGAUUGGACACGAGGCCUUCGGGCCGCCCCCAGCCUAUUUGGAUUGGCUUGCUGCGCGUUGGCGCAACGGAAGAGGCGGCCGGCGGAGGGUGCGCUUCUGCUUGGGCUGGACUGCCGCGGAGGAGGCGACAAGCGGUCCGGCGCUGGGGGGCUGGCUCGGGCGGCAGCGGUGGCUGCUGCGGAUGGGAACGGGCCGGCUCGGCGUUCCCAUGGAACGCCCCGGCAGAGCGUCCGACACCUCCGCCUCGUCGGCGGGGGAGCCGGCGCCCGAAGGGCCUGAUGGGCGGCGGCGGGAGCUGCUGCGGUGCCGGGCGAGCAGCGAGUCGGAGCCCCCAGGCGGGGCCUCGGCUUCGGCGGAGUGCGUCAGACGAAGCCGGCCCGGCUCCUGCAGCUGCGCCCCCUCGGUCUCCCGCCAGCGCGUCGAAAGCCUUAGGAAGAAGCGGCAGCUUUUUCCGUGGUUUGGCUUGGAUAUUGGUGGAACCCUGGUCAAGCUGGUUUAUUUUGAACCCAAAGACAUCACUGCUGAAGAAGAAGAGGAAGAGGUGGAAAGUCUUAAAAGCAUUCGGAAGUACCUGACCUCCAAUGUGGCUUAUGGGUCCACAGGUAUUCGGGACGUGCACCUGGAGUUAAAGGACCUGACUCUGUGUGGACGCAAGGGCAAUCUGCACUUUAUACGCUUUCCCACUCAUGACAUGCCUGCUUUCAUUCAGAUGGGCAGAGAUAAAAACUUCUCGAGUCUCCACACUGUCUUUUGUGCCACUGGAGGUGGAGCGUACAAAUUUGAGCAGGAUUUUCUCACAAUAGGUGACCUUCAGCUUUGCAAACUUGAUGAACUAGAUUGUUUAGUAAAAGGAAUUUUAUACAUUGACUCAGUUGGAUUCAAUGGACGGUCACAGUGCUAUUACUUUGAAAACCCUGCUGAUGCUGAAAAAUGUCAGAAGUUACCGUUUGAUUUGAAAAAUCCAUACCCUCUGCUUCUGGUGAACAUUGGCUCUGGGGUUAGCAUUUUAGCAGUAUAUUCCAAAGAUAAUUACAAGCGGGUCACGGGUACCAGUCUUGGAGGAGGAACUUUUUUUGGUCUCUGCUGUCUUCUUACUGGCUGUACCACUUUUGAAGAAGCUCUUGAAAUGGCAUCUCGUGGAGAUAGCACCAAAGUGGAUAAACUAGUUCGAGACAUUUAUGGAGGGGACUAUGAGAGGUUCGGACUGCCGGGCUGGGCUGUGGCAUCAAGCUUUGGAAACAUGAUGAGCAAGGAGAAGCGAGAGGCAGUCAGUAAAGAGGACCUCGCCAGAGCAACAUUGAUCACCAUCACCAACAACAUUGGCUCAAUAGCAAGAAUGUGUGCCCUUAAUGAAAACAUUAACCAGGUGGUAUUUGUUGGAAAUUUCUUGAGAAUUAAUACGAUCGCCAUGCGGCUUUUGGCAUAUGCUUUGGAUUAUUGGUCCAAGGGGCAGUUGAAAGCACUUUUUUCGGAACACGAGGGUUAUUUUGGAGCCGUUGGAGCACUCCUUGAGCUGUUGAAGAUCCCCUGAUCGUUACCUGGGGAGGGGUUCCUGGAACAUUCCACAGUGGGAUCUGUGAACUUUUGUUUUUUAAGAGACUUAUUCAAUUUUAUGAUUGUGUACUACCCGAAUCAAAGCAAGAAAGGACAAGUGUAUUUUUCUAAGUCAUCAAGAUAAAUCCUUAAAAAUUCAGCCUAAACUAGUAACCAGUAAGGAAAGAUACAUAUAUAAAAAGUGGACCAUGUCCAUGGCAGUGAGGAUCUGCGGUGUUGAAGUUGCUCUUCAGUAUAGCUUUGUUAACCGCCAUGUAUAUUUAAAAUUCAGCGUCACUUACUGGAGCUACUUCAGGGGAGAGCUGUUCUGUGUUCAGCUGACUGUGGUUUUGUGUCCUGUUGAACUUGCUAGAUGUAAGGCAAGCACUGUAUGUUGUAAUCUAAUCACAAUGUUGUCAAUAUGGCCUUGGAGAUCAUCAUCUGUGCAUUAACUGUGGUGUGCAUUUAGCCUUUUGUGUGAACAUACUGAAAAACAUGUUUUAUUUCAAGGAUCUGCAAACUUGAUUGGGCAGAGUAAUUCUGUAUUUGUAACUUUGGCAAUUAAGCAACUUUUGGAAGGGCAGUUCCAGGUUACUCUACACUGCAAGUCUGGGAAGGUCUGUUUGGAAAGAUGGGGCUUAGUUUACCCUGGGCAGAAUUUCCGGGGGGGGUGGGGGUGGGGGCUGGGAGGUAAUUUUGUCUCAAGUGAGUUAAGCUAGUAGAAAAAACACCACCUGGAAGGCUAAAAACCAGACAGAAGGGGCCUCUUGAAUUGACAUCUUUUCAGGGAAUCGAGAAUUUGGUUGUUUCGGGCUGGUAGAAAGUGAGGAAUUGAAGUCCAUUGAUUAACUCAUGGGGAGCAGGGCGGGGUAUUUCUGCCUUCCCCUCCUACUUGGGGUCUUUACUUGCCACAAAUUGCCAGGCAGGCUCGCUGGGUAGGACUGCAUGAGAGCUGCACGUGCAGACUCAAAAGGUAGCGUGAUUAGUCAGGUUUUAAGAUGGAGUCUUGGUAGAUUGACUUAGAACGUUUUCUUUCCGCUGUGCAGAAUAAUUUAAAAAACUCUUCCCCUUGGA